GUCAACCAUUUUGAAGUAUCAUUCCCUGAUUGUUGUCGUUCGAAGUCGGGCGCUUGCUUCUGAUUAUAUUUAUAUAAAUUAUGGGUCUAGCUACAGUAAUUGAGAAUGAGGGUCAUUUCCAACACGAAAUGGCCAACGCCGGCACGAAGCUGGUUGUCGUGGACUUCACGGCGACUUGGUGUCCUCCUUGCCAGAGGAUCGCGCCUUUCUUUGAGCAACUGCCAGCGAAGUUCCCUAGGGCGGUGUUCCUAAAGGUGGACGUAGACCGCUGUGCAGAGACGGCGGCCGCGCAAGGCAUCAGCGCUAUGCCUACUUUCGUUUUUUACAGAAAUAGAACAAAGAUUGACCGGCUACAGGGGGCUGACCCGGCGACUUUGGAGAGCAAAGUGAGACACUACUAUGGAUCUGACGAUGCUGGUGACGAGGACAAUGCAGUUGCCGGCCAUAUGGACCUCGGAACUUUCAUCACCAAGAGUGAAUGCGAGUGCCUCAACGAGGCCGACGAGCACCCGCUGGCGCACGCCCUGACCAGCGGCGGCGGCUACCUCGCCAGCGACUGUGAUGAGCAGCUCAUCAUUAACAUUGCUUUCAACCAGUUGGUGAAGCUGCACUCUGUGAAGAUCAAGGGUCCCGCUGACAAGGGCCCCAAGUCCGUGAAGCUGUUCAUCAACCAGCCGCGCACGUUGGACUUCGACCAGGCCUCUGGGAACACCUCCGUGCAGGACUUGGAGCUCACUCCAAACGACGUGGAAGGCAACCCGAUCCCCCUCAAGUUCGUAAAGUUCCAAAGCGUCCAGAACAUCCAGCUGUUCAUCAAAGACAACCAGUCUGGCGGCGACGUGACGCAGAUCGACCACCUGGCGUUCUAUGGCACGCCGGUCGCCACUACCAACAUGGGCGAGUUCAAGCGCGUCGCCGGCAAGAAGGGCGAGGGGCAUUAAUGGCUGGGCUGGAGCUUAGGGUGAUACUACUUGGCAGGCUUUAAAUGUGAUUAUAUUCAUAAAACUGCUUCUAAUAAACUCAAAUAUGACAAUUUAAUAGGGAUCUUUCCUGACAUAUCGGUACAGUAUCACUAAAGAGGAUUUGAAAUAGGUGGGUGUCAACUUUGUAGCCGGAGUAAAAUUACUACCAUCUUUAGAAACACGAUUAAAACUUUUAAAACGUAAUUUGACUUUGAUCCUUAUCCUUAUCAUAUGUGUUCAAUUUGUUAAAUAUCAAAAAGUGGCGCCAUCUUACCGGGCAUUACCUAAAGGUUAUGGCGCCAUUUGAUCGAAACAAUGCUGAUAUACCUUUGGCCUUUGAUUUAUUAGAUUUAAACUCGAAGCUAGUACAUAGUGGUAUCAAUAGAUCAAAGGCCAAAGGUAUGGCGGCAUCGUUUCGAGCGAUGGCGCCACAACCUUUAGCCGAUGCCCGGUAAGAUGGCGCCACUUUUUGAUAAAGAUAAAGAUAGUUUAUUAUUCAAGUAGGCAUAUUACAAUGCGCUUAUGAACGUCAAAUAUUGAACUUUAACACAUAUCAGUGAAAGAAUAGGAUCAAAGUCAAAUGGUUUCUAAAAGUUUUAAUCAUGUGUCUAAAAAUGGCAGUAAAUUUACUCUGGCUACAAAGUUUUCUUUGAAAAUCAAACACUAUUUCAAAUUUUCUUUGGUAUUUCUUUUUUUAUACGCAGAUUUUUUACUGAUUGGUGAGGAUCAGGGAUGUCACGAAUGCCGCAUUUUUUACAUUCGCGAAUGUGAAUGCGAAUCAAAAUGUUAGGGAAUAUUUAGUUGUUAUUAUCAUUCCUAAUUAGAAAAAAAUCUGUUAGUACAUAAACCAUAUAUUCCCUUAGAACGGGAUGUUAUAGUGUUGAGAAAUGAUGUCUACAGUUCUAAAUGCAUUACUUGAAAACAGUUUGCGAACACUGUCUAUACGCGAGUCGACGAGACAGGACACGACUUGCGCACAUGCAUUCGCAAAACAUUAGCUUCAUUUGAUGGGAAUGCGAAUAUCGAUGCGAAUGUUUAAAAUAAUGCGAAUAUUCGUCACAUUCAUAGUGUGGAUGCACGAGAGCGGAACGUAUCUCUCUGCCAGUAAGUUAUCAAUACUUUCGUCGCAUCAAUCCCUAAUAGCCAAGUCGGGAAGGAACCUUAGACCAAAAUAAUCAUGAAAUACUGCCUCACUAAGCACAAGACCUGCAACUCUGUACUUCAUAAGUAAUAGUUGCUGAUUUUUUAAACGCGUUUUUCAAGAUUGUUCAUAUAUUUUUUUCUAAUGCUAAAAAAUGAAAUAUACAAUUGAAAGAUAUUUCAAAAUGAGUUAUUGUUCUUAUACUUAGUGCGGCAGAAUAGUAUUGAAGACUAUGAAUAAAUUAAGAUUUUUAUGGGUAUAGUAUUUAAUGUCUAUAAUCAAGCUAAAGUAACUGCUGGUUAGUACCACACCUCGGUACGCAACACAAGGGUGUACAAACUUUAAAAUCAUAUUGUAAUACAUGAACGAAAGAUGCAAGUGUUGUCUCUAGCACCGUUGACUCAUAGAACCAGUCUCCAUUGAUCUUAAAACACACUUUAGUGUUAUUAUUAUCAGCGUUGACCGAACGUUAAUUAGAAUUGACAAAUUGAACCGUACCAAACGGUUACAGUAUCGGUUCAAUUUGUAAUGGUUACUGGUCAAUUCUAAUUAACGUUUGGCCAACACUAAUUAUUAUAUAUCAGUUGCUGAAGAUUGCAGACCCUUGAUUUUCUGUGCAAUGAUGAAAGUUAUUAUUCAUAAUAUUAUUUAAUUUUAUAAUGAAAAUUGUGUUUUAAGCGCUUAUGCUUAAAUAUUCUCAUAUAUUUGAAUACCAUGUAAGCUACCGUAGCAAAAUAAUUGAUCUUAUUGAUAGUUGGCCUAGUGGGUAGUGACCCUGCCUAUGAAGCUGAUGGUCCUGGGUUCGAAUCCCGGUGAGGGCAUGUAUUUGUGUGAUGAGCACAGGUAUUUGUUCCCGAGUCAUGGAUGUGUUCUAUGUAUUCUAGCCUUCUUGAGCUUAUCGUGGAACUUAGUUAAUUUGUGUAAGAAUGUCCCUAUAAUAAUAUUUAUUUAUUCUAAUAAUUGACCGAAGUUAUCGUCAAAGCGCCCACCAUUUUAGGGUAAAUCUAGUUGAAAAAUUGUCGCAAUUAAAUAAAUUCUACUUUUAUUAUUAUAUGAAAGGUCCUGUUGGGCCACGAGGUAAUGGAUCCUCUACACUCCAAAAUCGAAACUGAAUGAGGAAUAUUGUAUCCUAAUCAAAUAUCGCAGUAAAUCGGAAUCUAAAGUAAAAUAAGUCAUGUCUAUCGUGAACGAAAACGUGUGGUCUAAAGUUUAGUACCCUGAUGUGUUGCGCAGCUGGUCCAGAGCCAAGCUUUCCAAUUAUUACAUAUUUCCCAAACUGUCUAAUAUAGUAAACACUGAAUGUAAUAUAUUUUGUGACAUGAUUAUAAUUAUUUAAAUGGAUUUAAUUGGAACAUUAGGUAUUCACGAUAAUUUGUAAGCGUAAGGGUCAUCGAGGUCCGCAAAAUGGUUCUGGAAUUUCAGACUUUGCAUAUGCAAUAAUUCAAUAAAUAAAGAUUAUAUUUUA